UUGAGUAAACUUCUGGUGAGCUCAAAGUAUUCCCCAAACCCUUUAUUUCCUAAACCCUUCAUUCCUACAACCCUUCAGAGAAGAAAGAGCAAUCUUGCUGUUUUUUCUCUCCACCCUCAGUGAUUUUUGUCGACUGCACCAAGCCUUUUCUGUCGGGAUGCCUCGAGGAAAGUCCCACCGCCGAUCCGAAGCUGCUUGUCGCAGGGUUGAAGCAACUUGGGCUCAGCGUGUCAGGAUGCCAGAGCCUUCCAGCGACUUUGUUCCACGUUGUGGUACCGGCUGGCGCCACAAGGUCAAGGAAUGGCCAAUGAGUGAGGUCACCCUGCACCGUCACAAGUUGGUCAUUCCUGCUGGGAGUACUGGUGAGAAAUUCAUCCUUCUCAUCGGGGCCUCCCAUUUGCGGUCUAUCGCAGACGGCAUUGUUCCAAUGCCAGGUAACCGCAUUGCUUUUGGGGUCAUGUCGACUCCAGGGGCGUGCGCAGAUGACCUGCACCGCGAGGUUCUGCACGCUGUAGUUCCUCGUGAGCCUGACGCUGUUUGCGUCAUGGCUCCAUCCAACAACCUUAUGGCCAGCAAAACACCUGAACAGGCGGGACAAGCUUUUGAGCGGUACCUUUUGGCUGUUUUCAGUCGCUGGCCUAAGGUUUUUUGUACCGCUAUGGUUCCGCGUUUGACGGAGUCCGAGGACAAGAUGAGAGCCUUUCAGCAGGAAUUUCAUCGUUGUUCGAACCGCCUGGGCGUGACUUAUCACCCCAUCGACGACUAUUUCCCUCGGACCCAUCCUCACAUGUGGAGCCGUGAUGGUAUCCACCUCAGCGAUGAAGACGGGAUGCCACUUCUCGCGGAACUGAUGUGGAUUGCUGCCUAUCAGUUCCUGGAGACACCAGAACCAAAGCCACUGGUUCAGAGCCAGGUGUCUCGUCCUUACAAGCCGAGAUUUGUGCCCCGUGUUGUUGUGAAGGGUGUGGAACGAGCUCCACCUCCACCCCCUUCCGAGUGGACGCUGGUGAAAUUUGGCAGGAAGAGGAACCAUUCGGGGGAAUCUGAGUCCACCUCUGAAAAGAGUGGUUCAUCGUGA